CGGAGCGAACUGUGACAAAAAUGGCUGAAAAACCUUACAUCCUAAUCACCGAGCAACCGCAGUCGAAGGCUUUGAGAUUCCGUUACGAGUGCGAAGGUCGAUCAGCUGGUUCGAUACCAGGAGUGAGCAGUACGGCGGAACACAAGACGUUUCCAUCCAUCGAAAUUCACGGAUACACAGGUCGAGUGGUCGUGGUUGUUUCUUGCGUCACAAAGGAUCCACCCUAUCGACCGCAUCCACACAAUCUAGUGGGUAAGGAAGGUUGUAAAAAGGGUGUCUGCACAGUGGAAAUCAACAACAGCAGUAUGAGCUACACGUUCAGUAAUCUGGGCAUUCAGUGUGUGAAGAAAAAGGACAUCAAGGAUGCACUUAAGUUGCGCGAAGAAAUUCGAGUUGAUCCGUUUAGGACCGGCUAUGGCCACAGCAAGCAGCCCGCAUCGAUUGAUCUGAACGCAGUUAGGCUCUGUUUCCAGGCAUUCCUGGAAGGGCAGCAGCGUGGUCAUUUUACUAACCCGCUAGUGCCAGUGGUUUCCGAUAUAAUAUAUGACAAGAAAGCCAUGUCCGAUUUGGUGAUUUGCAAGCUAAGUCACGUUGCAGCCCCGAUGAUAGGAGGAAAGGAGAUAAUUUUGUUGUGUGAAAAGGUCGUAAAAGAGGAUAUUGCUGUGCGAUUCUACGAGGAACAUCAAGGCAAAAUUGUUUGGGAAGACCAAGGUGAGUUCAACCAAUCAAACGUCCACAAGCAAGUGGCGAUCAGCUUUCGAACACCACGAUAUCAAUCGUUGGACGUGGAACGACCGGUCAUGGUUCACAUCCAGUUGAAAAGACCAUCGGAUGGGGCAACCAGCGAACCCGUUCCAUUUGAAUUGAUUCCAGUCGAUGGCGACAACUUUUGUAAGAAACGGAAGCGGUCGCAGUUCAACAGUUUCGAGAUGAGCAAACAAGAAGUGCAGUAUGCAGCAUCGAUGAAACCAGUUGGAUCAGUCAAAAUGGAAGAUACUGCAUUCCAGCAGAAUUUCCCCACACAAAAUGCCUAUCGCAAUCCAGCGGAAUCUCCCGAGGGUAACAUGACUCCGAUGGCAAAUGUCUCCCCAUACGAAGGAGCUGUCGGGUAUCAAGUUGGAAACGGAUACUAUACAGAGAGUCAUCGUCAGCCAAACCAUUUUAACAAUUUCAACGUCGCUGGAUCAUCCAAUGGCAUGGCAGUUUACCAACAACAUCAGUACCAGCAGCAAACUGGUAUACAUUAUGGAUUGAACAGCCAAGCUGGACCAUCGACUGCGGCAGCUGUAAACGGACAGCAGUGUUUCAAUGUGCAGCAGCAGCUGGCCCAAAUGCCGGACAAUCUUGAGUGCCUUCUGGACAUGGACCUAUCCAAAGGGUUCCCGAUCAACUCCUCGGAAAUCAAAUCCAUGAUUGGGCAAUUUGGCGAGCCACUUCGGAUUCAGCAAGAAGAGGAAAAUCUGUCCAACAGUUUCACAAAGCUGACCACCAAUGCAUAAAUGACCCAAUGAAUAUUGUACUUCGAAAAACACAUUUGAGAGAUGAACGUUUAUACGGGAUAGAGUCAUACUACAUGUGAUAUAUUUUUAGGUUAAUUGUUAUACUCUAAAUAAACAGUACUUAUA